AUGACCCUCUCCAGCUCCAGCUCCAACACAACUUCCGACGCGCUUGCCGCGUUUUACGACGAGGCAGCCCAGCUUCUCGGCGAUGCCAACGUCUCGCGCGACCAUCUCACGGGCAACGUCAAGGACCAAGCGGGCCGUGACGUGUACGGCGACCCUUUCUCCGCCCAAGACGUCAACCAACCAGCCGGUGCGGUUCGUCCGGCCACCGUUGAGGAAGUGCAGGCGAUUGUCAAGCUUGCCAACAAGCACCGUGUCGCCCUGUGGACGGUAUCCCGCGGCAAGAACCUUGGCUACGGUGGCUCUGGCCCGGUCAAUGGUGGGGUCACUGUGGUGCUCGACCUCCACCGCAUGAACAAGAUCAUCGAGAUCAACGAGGAGUACUGCUAUGCCAUUGUCGAACCUGGAGUUUCGUUCUUUGACCUGUAUGAAGAGAUUCAGCGCCGCGAGCUCAAGCUGUGGCCCUCGGUUCCUGCCAUUGGUUGGGGGUCCGUUCUUGGUAACACCACGGACCGCGGCUUUGGAUACACUCCCAACGGCGAGCACUCGGAGAACCAGUGCGGCAUGGAGGUGGUUCUCCCCAACGGCGACCUCCUCCGUACUGGCUCUGGUGCGAUGGAGGACAACAAGUCCUGGGCGCUGUACAAGGGAGGCUUUGGUCCCAGCUUUGACGGUCUCUUCUUCCAGUCCAACUAUGGCAUUGUAACCAAGCUUGGCAUUCAAAUGACUCCCGCCCCGGAGGCCUAUGCCACUAUUGAGAUUGAUGUACCUCGUGAGGAGGACCUCGUUCCGCUCACCGCCACUCUGUCCGAUUUGAUGCGCCGCUCAAUCAUUCUCAACUCAUCCUCGCUUGCCAACAUCUUCCGCAUUGCCCUCACGUCGCGAGUCCCCGAGGUGCACGCCCGUCUUGCGCAGUACAUGAAGCCCGGAUCGUUUGUACCCGACGACGUCCUGGAGGAGAUCCGCGUGGAACAGAAAUGGGGUUUCUGGCGGUCCUACUUUGCCCUCUACAGCUCGGUCGAGAUGCUUCCCGGCAUCAUCAAGACUGUCCAGCGUGCCUUCUCCCACAUCAAGGGUGUCAACAUUGUCAUUCGGGAGUUUGCUGGCGAGCCUGGUCACUACCUCUCUGCACCCAAGGACGUCGGCGAGGAGGAGAUACCGCACAACGGUAUCCCAACCAUCAUGCCUCUUGGUAUCCUCAACUCGCGUGGCGGACCCGGCGGAGCCCACACCUGCUUCUCCCCCGUCAUCCCACCCUCCGGCCGCGAGCUUUACGACUGGUACUUGACCGCCAAGCAGCGCAUCACGGAUGCCAAGUUUGACUUCUUUGCCGAUUUCCAUGUGUACCCCCGUUAUGUCGUCGGAAUCGCACUCGUCAUCUACCGCCUGGAGGAGGAGAAUGGCAUCUACGAUCUCCUCGACCACCUGCUCCACGACGGUGCCCAGCAAGGGUUCUUCGAGUAUCGCACCCACGUACGCUACAUGGACACGGUUGCGUCCAAGCUCAAGUUUAACAACUCGGCACACAUGCGCUUCGCUACGCUCCUCAAGGACACGCUGGACCCCAACGGCAUCCUCUCGCCGGGCAAGUCGGGUGUCUGGAACUCUGAGGUGGUGCGGGCCACAAAGGCCCUCAAGGCAGCCGCGCUCUAG